UUAAAGAUGGCGCCCUUUCAUGCGGUAAAAUGCUGUCAGCGGGGUUUAUCCUGGAUACCUGUGAUUUUUAUCAACCUGGUCGUGUGCUGGUCCUACUACGCUUACGUGGUGGAGCUCUGUAUAUACACAAUCUCCAACACAGAGGAGCAAGUUAUUUAUCUGUUAGUGUUUCACGUCUUUUUCUUCAUGUUCAUAUGGUCCUACUGGAAGACCAUCAUUUCCAAGCCUGCCAGCCCCUCAAAAGAGUUCUGUCUCCCUAAAGUGGACAAAGAGCUCUAUGAGAAGGAGGAGAAUCCAGAGGCCCAGCAGGAAAUCCUGAAGAGAGUGGCCAGAAAUGUAUUCAUAUAUACAUGCACAGGAUCUGGGGCUAUCCGGUACUGUGACCGCUGUCAGUUGAUCAAACCGGACAGAUGUCAUCACUGCUCCACAUGUGACAGAUGCGUGCUGAAAAUGGAUCACCACUGUCCAUGGGUUAAUAACUGUGUUGGAUUCUCCAACUAUAAAUUAUUUGUGCUGUUCCUGGCGUACUCUAUGCUGUACUGCGUCUACAUCGCUGCCACAGUUUUGCAGUACUUUAUCAAGUUCUGGACACUUUGCAGACGGAGGGCUAUAGAGCGUUGCCCGGAGAAUCACUUGCCAGACACUCAUGCAAAGUUCCACGUGUUGUUCCUGUUCUUUGUGGCGGCCAUGUUCUUCAUCAGCAUCCUGUCACUCUUCAGCUACCACCUGUGGCUCGUGGGAAAAAACAGAACCACUAUAGAGGCGUUCAGGGCACCGGUGUUCAGAAAUGGCCCAGAUAAAAAUGGCUUCACUCUGGGCUUCCGCAAGAAUGUCACCCAGGUGUUCGGAGACCAGAAGAAGUGUUGGUGCUUGCCCAUUUACAGCAGUUUGGGCGAUGGCUACACAUUCCCUACCCGCCUAGUCAAUGCUGACUCAGAGCAAGGCAAUGCUGAACACCAGGCCAUUAAAUGCACUGUUGAUGGACAGACAAACCCCAGACCUCUGAGUGAGUCACAGAAUCAUCUCCUAGGCAACGAUAUGCACUCUGAGGAGCAGAAAGACAGCAGCCCGACAAACAUCGAGGUGUGUCAGCCUGUUUCAAUUACUAUGGAGAAUGAGUCCUAAUCAGGACUUGGCAUGGCACCAGGAUUUUUUCUCAUUUAUGAGUACUGUUGUCGUGAGAUGUCAUGUGAAAGAGCACACGACCCUCAAGAUAUCAUGCCUUAAGGUUAGCAGCAUUCUCUCAUAUGGAAACGACCUGCAAUGUGUUGCUGUGGUGGAUGUAUUUACCUGCGCUCAUAUCCGCACAAACUCUCAAGCUCUUCACACCAAACAACUGGACGGCUCUUUCACUGGGUUUUAUGAUGUUGUGACUAACACACUUUCUUUUCUCCAAACAUGCACAUUUAUUUGAACAAAAUACCCUAAAAUGACCUUCAGGUUGUUCCGUCCAAUGUAUAAUGUGUUUAUACUGGUUUAUCUCUGGGACUACUUCACUUUUGUAGACCAAAAAAGUCAGGCAGGUGUUUCUACCCAAGAUGCACUUUUGUCACCAAGGAUUUGUGUGGAAUGCUUUGCAGAUGUUUACGGCUCUGAAUGAACAUGAAAAGUGUAUUGCAGUAUUUGAUUAGAAUGCGUUCAGAAUUUUCAGCUUUUUUUUGUACUUACCCUGCAGGCCAGUUUGGUUCAUGAUAUAUUUUAAGAUGCUUCUGAAGUCUGAACAGUUUGCACAGAUUUUCCUCGUCUAAUUCAAUUUAAUGUUUGUACUUUGCAGAUUUAACAAGUAUUCAAUGUAUGCAUUAUAGUAUUAAGACUUAAUAAUAAAAAAAAAAAAAAUUCAGCACUGUGGGCAUGUGAUUUUUGACAGGGAAAAAGGAAUAAAAGAAAUUGAUUUGGGCAAUAGACUAACAGAAUGUUUUUUUAUGGUGAAUUCAGUAAACGCAAAAGAAACCCAAACCCAUGUUUCCUGUCUCACCUCAUCUACAGUCCUGAAAAUGCAGGGUAUUUAGUUGUUAGGCUUUGGAAUGGUAUUAGAAACGCCUUUUCAGAUCAUACAGGAAAGAUUAUUUCACCUAAAUCUAUAAUUAACUUCUGUUACAUAAAUGCUCAUUUCCUUUGAU